AGUAUCGGUCGCCAUCUUAAAAAUUUGGAUGCGGAAGCGUGGGGAAACGAUACUCGUAUACGUAGUGUACACAAUCUGCUUCCAUCGUCUUUUAAUCACCAUCUUAACUAUUCGAAACGCUACCUUUUUCUUUUGCAAGUAUUUUUAUAGUUCUUUAGCUAGGUAUUCUUUUUACAAAUGGCUGAUUUGGACGAAAGUGCCCAAGAUAGCUUGUUGGACGCGGCUUUACACGCGACAAAGGAUGACGAUGUUGUCUUAGGAGAUAUUUCUGGUGUGGAUCCAGCUGUAGAUGACUCCCUAGAAGAUCCGGAACUUGAAGCCAUUAAAGCAAGAGUAAAAGAAAUGGAAGAAGAAGCAGAAAAAUUGAAAGAAAUGCAGAAGCAAGUUGAAGAAACUAUCAUGAGUCCACCAGCAAGUCAACCAGCAUUCCCGAAAACUCCGGAAGAAAAAGGAGAAAUUGAUGCAAGAUCAGUUUAUGUUGGCAAUGUUGAUUAUUCUGCCACAGCAGAAGAAUUAGAACAGCACUUUCAUGGUUGUGGAGCUGUUAACAGAGUUACAAUUCUUUGCGACAAAUUUACUGGACAUCCUAAAGGAUUUGCAUAUAUUGAAUUUACUGACAAGGACAGUGUUGAAACUGCUGUGACUAUGGAUGAUUCGCUGUUUAAAGGAAGACAGAUAAAGGUCAACCCGAAAAGAACAAAUCGACCAGGUAUCAGCACAACAGACAGAGGAAGAGGAAGGGGCAGAGGUCGUGGCUUUAGAGGUGGCUUCUACAACCCUUAUGGCAGCUACAUGCCCAGACCACGUGGUAGAGCAAUGUUCAGGUCAGAGCUGCUUGUUGUAGAGAGUCUAUGAGAGCAUGAUAUGAGAAUGUUGGAAUUUUCCUCACUGAUCACUUGUACCUUACAUACAUGUACCUCUGGCUAGAGAGAGGCACAAAGUUGUGUUUUGCCCAAAAACCCAGCGCAAUGGCCCUGGAGAGUACUUUCACCUGCAUUGCUUAGUUUAACACGAACCACUUGGAAAGUUAAGCUGCUCAAAAUUAAUAAUUAUUAUCUCUAAGUAGUGUAACACAGCCUUGACACAUGAUGUCUUCUCUUUUUUUCAGGGGCCGUGCAAGGGGGGCAUACUGGUAUUCUCCAUAUUGAUGACUGCAAGAAAUCAUCGUUCACCCUAAAAUUAGCAGCAUAUAUUGUUUUUGCUUUUUCAGUUUCUUAGCAUUUCUAUCCUAUGCAUAUUUUUAACAGAGGUCAGUUAUUUUUGUCUUCACAGGUUUCUUGGCUAUUCUCAAGGGACCGCACAGUGAAGCUUAUGGGUUUUCAAACAAAUGUGUUGCUCUGCCACUUUCACUGUGGAUUUAUAAACCAGAGUAGGUAUAGUGACUUGGACAAGCUUUGACUGAAGGGACUGACAGUGCAAGAAAAAGAUGUAAAAAGAAUAAAAGAAAGAAAAGAAUCUAAGAAAGGAAGGAAAGAAAAAAAACAUUAAAAAAAGAAAAAAAAUCUUGUGGAAUGUUGCAGACUGAAGUAAAUGAGAAAAGGUACUGCACGUGGAGAGAUGAGAGAUUGUGUCUUGAGAGAAAAAAAAGACAGAUACAGUUACUUGAAUGUAUGUUUUAGUUGAAAUUUGUACUAAAUGCAUUAAACUAAAAUGCAUUCCCUUUUAAUAUCCAGCUUUGAAAAAAACAUCAAUAAAGAUUUUGUAAAAAUGCA